UGUGAAAUCCGUAAAACGUUUCAUUCGAUGAUUUGUCUAGAAAAAAAGUUGUUUCAUAUUCACUCGUGUGCCAUAAAUUCUUAUUCAAUAACAAAAUAAUUCUGCUUGAAAAAGAAGUAGAAAUAAACUGUUCACCAGUCAACCAAUUGACCAAGAUGAUGGAUGUAACAGUCAAAACCCUUGAUGGGCAGAACAGAAGCUUCAGUGUGCCAGAGAAUUUAACAGUCAAACAGUUCAAAGAAAAGAUUGCCAACUCUAUUAACAUCUCCGCAGACACCCAGCGCCUCAUCUUUCAAGGGAGGGUACUCCAAGAUGAGAAACUGCUCAAGGAUUAUGAUGUGCAUGGGAAGGUUGUACACGUUGUGUUGAGGCCUCCACCUUCAGACGGGCGGCCUGCGGGUAAUGACAACCUAGCCCCCAACCUUCAGCCUGCUGGGUCAGGGGCUCGGGACCACAACCGCCUGUUUGUGGGCUCCUUCACUCUGCCCGCUAACGUGAUCAACCCUACACAGGUCCAGAAUAUCGCAGAGAAUGCAGUUAGAGGGUUAGGAAACUUGGGGCGUAAUGCAAGAGUCUCCACUCAGACAUCGGUUGAUGGGUCAGGAGUGGAUGUGCAUAUCCACAUGGGGCCGAUCAACACUGGGGCCACCACCAGCGAGGCCAGAAUGAGGCUGAACAACGCCAACUUGAUGAUAAGGCUGGCUACAGAAGCACUGGAACAACUGGAGAGAGAAACUGUAAGCCAGCUGCCAGAAGACUCUAGUGCCCUGUCAGGAACAAACCAGUCCACAGAGAGAAGGGAACCAGUCACUGUUAGACAGGAAGUAGAAGAACCAGUCACAGCCAGUUCUAGUAAUGCUUCUGAAUCGAGAACCAGUCCAACACCUAUGGAAACUGAUGGUAGGAAUUUAUAA